AUGGCUUCCAAUCCUCCAGGCGCUUGCUGCUUAAAGACCACCUUUCACGAGGGUGCCCCAGUCGGAAAGCACUCCGAACUUUUCGGUCUCAACACCUAUAUCACUGGUGAAAACAAGGGUAAGUUCCUUAUCAUCCUCACCGACAUUUACGGUAACACCUACAACAACGUGUUGUUGGUUGCGGACCAAUUGGCCGCCAAUGGGUACCAGGUGUUGAUUCCGGACAUUUUGGACGGCGACGACGCUAUUUCCGACCACCCAGACGGCAUGAACUAUUUGAUGCCAUGGUUACGCGUCCAUGAGAAGACCGCUCCUCCUAUCAUUGCCAAGUUCUUGGAGAGUUUUAAGGCUGAAUACAAGCCUUCCUUCGUCGGUGGUAUCGGCUACUGUUUCGGUGCGAAGUACGUUGUGCAGCAAUUGGGCGCCAAUGGUGUCUUUGAUGCUGCAGCCAUUGCCCACCCAUCGUUUGUGAGCAUUGAGGAGGUCAAGGCUAUCACCAAGCCUCUCUUGAUCAGUGCCGCAGAAACCGACAACAUCUUCCCAGAGGAAUUGAGACGCCAGACGGAAGAUACCUUGAAGGAGAUGGGUGCCACCUACCAGAUAUCCUUGUUCUCCGGCGUUGAACACGGGUUCGCUGUCAGAGGUGACUUGAAGAAGCCAGCCGGUAAGUACGCGUUGGAAAAGACCUUGCUCGACCAGAGCGUGUGGUUCAACGCCUUUUCCACCAAAGCGGAAGCAGCAAACUUAUAA